AUGUGUGUGGAGUCAGUUAAGAGUGAAGAAGCUACUCUUAUCGAGUCAAGCAACGAUCAACUAGAUCUCAUCUCACCUUAUUUCAAGGUCGAUGAGACUAAGUAUGGUGGUCGUGGUUGCUUUGCGUAUUCGCUAAUUCCAAAGGAUACGGUGAUUGCUAGUUGCUCUAAUCCUUUGAGUUCGACUAUACUAAGAGAGUUCAAAAAGGAAGUUUGUUCGUUAUGUUUCCAGUAUUUUGAAGGUAAGACUUUGAAGUUCAAGCUUGGGAAGGAAAACGUGGGGAGCCAGUUUUCAUUAUAUUUUUGUACUCAGCAAUGUUUAGAAGAGUUUCAAGAGCAUGAUAUCGACGAGAUAUAUCUUGAAAGUUUAUUGAGAGUGGAAGAAUGGUUUAAUAAAGGGUUGAAAAAACCAGAGGUAGAAUUAAAGGAGCCUUCAAAAGAGAAGUCUCUUAUAGAGCAUAUAAAAAAUGAAUGGAAUUCAGUUAAGGAAUGGGAAGGAUCUCUUGAGCGUACGAAGAUAAGUAAAAGACAGAACAUGAUACCGAGAAUCUCGGAUAGUGAAUAUACUGAAGUCAAAUACAUCAUUGGAAUUUUAUUUCAAUAUUAUAAAUACCAACAAGCACAGUCGAGUGAACAGAAAUUUUUGAAAGACUGUGAUUUUGAUGAAAGAAAUCAAUUUGAGCUUGAUAGUUUUGAAGCUUUACAGUCAAACGAAUUGGAUAAAGUUAAUAGGUAUCCUUAUCUUGUUUAUUCAUACGUUAAUAUUUAUAAGUUUUUAAAAUUGACUACUCAUCCUUUAUUACAAAAAUUCAUCAAUACUGAUUCAAUUAGAAAUAUUAUAGGUAGACAACUCAGUAAUGCAUUUGGUGUAUGGUCGAAUGUCAUCGAUGAAAGCAGAGAAGAUAAAGAAUUUUUCGGUUAUGCAGUGUAUCCGACUGCAUCAUUUUUCAAUCACUCUUGUGAUCCAAAUAUUAUCAAGAAACGUAUUGGUAAUAAGCUUACUUUUACAACUUUAAGAGAUAUAAAUCCAAAGGAAGAAUUAUGUAUCAACUACGGUUACUCAACUGAAGAAAGAGUCGAGGUUAGAAGAAAAGAUCUAAAAGAAUGGUUCUUUGAUUGUGCAUGUACUAGAUGUAUUAGUGAAUUAAAUCAGAUUUAG